AUGAAGCACGGUCAUAGUGUUGUAGAUGAUAAUAGAAAAGUCUGUAUCGUUGUGUUUGGAGCUAUGCUAAGGAACAGAAAAAGUUGUUUAAAGCGACCUGCUAUGAACAAUUCUUUCACCAAUGUUGGCUUCAAAGUACAUCAUUUGAGGUUCCCUAGAUACGUCUUGCAGUACGAUAACCGAAGAAUGAUAGUGGUUAUGAUAAACAUUGAUCACCGCCCUUCUCAGUUGUAUGACCAUCUAAAUGUAUGUCUGGCAGAAAAGAUGACAGAGUUCAUGAGCAUUGAACACAGACCAGGGAGUUCAAAUCUCGCAUGUAUUAUGUUGAUCAGAAAGGUCAGUGAUUUCACUAUGAUUCACCUUCGCUUUAAAACGUAUGACUGCUUAAAGAUCUCUCAAACGCCAAUUCAAAUACAAAGGAGAUCUCUUUUCUUUGAGAGGAAACGCCAUUAUCACGUCAUUUGUCAAUGGUAUAUCACAGGGCAAACUUUGAUGCCAAGACGCCAAAAUUUUGAAGGACUAUUAUAA